CUUUCUCCACUCCCCUUAUCUUUGCCCUCUCAGUCUAUUUGUGGCCCUCGCUGAGUCAAACAAUCCACUCCAAACUUAGACCAACUCUUCUAAAUUCCCAGUUGUGGAAAACACACAAAACAACGCUGGGAGCUGAGGCCGAGGCCACCAACUGCUACCAAGAUGGAGGAAUGUGGGAGUGUGGAGACGGAGAUGACGGAGCUGCAGGAGUUGCAGAGCAACGCUUCCGAGGCAAUGGGAGAGGACGAUGAAGAUGAGGUGGAGGAACUGAGAAACAGUCUGCGAGAGGUGGUGCAGGAUCCCACUGUUAAGCCCAAACUGCAGUGCCUCGUGGUCGAUCCAUCCUUCUCCAUGGUAACAGUCCAAAGUGAGGACAGUGGCAUUGUCUGGGAGACUGCAUCUAGCCGCUGUUCUACCCCCUGGGCAUCUGACACAAGCUCCAUAUCUGAAGGCUACAGCAUGGAAGGCUCCGGAGUGCCCGGAAAGAUUACUAUCUUCUUCGAUGAGGACAAAAUAGUCCACAGGAGAACUCGGUCUGGUGGACGUAGCAGCCGACUGAGCCGACCUGGAAGUUCAAGGUCAACGUCAGGUCUAGGAGUGGAGAGACCAGAGAUGGCUGAAGUUUCUGUUCCCAAUGUCAAACAGGAGAAAACUGAAAUAACACCAGAUUUGGAGGAAAUUAAAAGCAAAGAUCAGCAGCUGUUCAGUUUGAUUUCAGAAGGUUAUGAGAUUCUCAAUAUCAGAGUACCCUCCAAACUUCCGACUGUAGAUGAGGAGGAAAGCACUGAUCUGCAGGACAAUUUGUCUUAUCUGGACCAGACUCCCAAAAUCAGGUCACGAAGCUACACCGACCUGGAACAACCACAGAAUCAUGCUUUAACCCAGGAGGUGGAAAUACUUGAGCACAAAGAGCCAUUGAAGGAACCAUCAGCAGAAACUCAGCAAGACGUCAUCAGUGACAUUGAUUAUUUUGAGAAGUUUACCCUGGUGGAUGAGGUGGUUCCUGGAGAGCAAGCUACAGACUUCAUGGAGGAGGUGCAACAGGCUAAAGUAAAGCCCCAAGCAGAGGAGCAGAAGCCCAGCACAGAGAAAUGGAUAGGCAGCACCUCUGUGUCAGAAGACUCGUUCAUCUUGGUUACAGAUAUGGAAAUAGUUGGGGAGCAUCUGGACGAGGUGUUCUAUGGAAACGGGGCUCCCGCUGGUGGGCAGCAUCAGAGAUUAGAUGAUGCAGCAGAAGUAUGUAUGAGAAUGAGAAGGGACAGUCAGAGAUCUAUGAAGGAGAGCGGUUCAGUGUUGUUUGGGAGUGAAGAGACCACCCUCACCCCCAUUUUUCUCUCCCCAGGACCACCUAAGAUCAUUGACCCAAUCCUACUGGAAGAGCCCACUGCCAUGUCUUUCAUGUAUUCUGACCUUUAUGAAGAUGCCAUAGGUGAGAAGAAGAGUGACGAGGAAUGCUCUGAGGCGGAGAGCAUGGCAUCUGAGAAAUGUUUCAAGAAAUGUCUAUCAGAUUCAGAGGAAACAGAAGGUUAUCUGGAGAAGUUUAUCUUGAAAGAUGAAACUCCAACAAUACAUAUUCCAUCAGAGCCAGUCAAAGAGAAGGAGGGAGCGUGUAGGAUGAUGUGGUCACAGAGUGAGUUUGAAACCACAGGAUGUUUGACCAGAGUGGUCCUACAAGAAGACGAGGACAACAAAGGGGAACCAAAGCCGCAAGAAGUCAGUUGCACAGAAAUGGUCAAAGAUGCACAAUUUGAAGAGAAAGAACAAGUUGUGAAACAAAAUGAAACUGAGGAAUGGCAACUCUUUCCAAUGAGAGAAGAACAAACUAUUGUAGCACCUUCAUUUGAAGUAAUUCAGGAGUCUAAACCAACUGACAAAGUGGAACUUCAGGCACAGAGAGACCAGACUGAAAAACCAGAGCAUGAUACACAACACGUGGGCAGUAAUUUAGAAAAACCAAAGUGUGAGGAUCCUCAGAGAGAUCAACAAUGUCAGCAAAGCUUUACUGAAACCUGUCAGCCACAUCAGACGCAAACACACAUGGAAACAACUCCUGAAGCACUUUUAAAGCCUACUGAGGGAGCAGAAACCAAAGAUCCCCCAGGCAGUGAGGUGAAUGAGAUGUUUUAUAAAUCUGAAUUACCAAGAGAGAUAACGUCUGAGGAGCCUAUUGUUGAUGCUGCGACGGUAGUGAGUGAUGACAAAAUGUUGACUGAGAUGAUGGCUGAAGCUUUGGCUCAAACAGAAACACCUGAACCAGCAGUGUGUGGAGAAAGCAAAGCAGUGCUUCCCGAACUUGGUGUUCUUAAUGACUGUGAAUGUGUAGUAGGAGAAGUGAAUGAAGUGACGCAAAAUGCAUUCCACGAAAACAAGAUUCAAGACCAGGUUCAGGAUAUAACUAAGGUUGAGAUGCUAGAUGUUCAAAGAAUGGUACUUGAAGGAGAAAAAGGACAGGAGCUGCCAGUGGAAGAAACUGCAGGUGAGAGUCCUUUGUUAGAAUCUCAAAGUAAAGUUGAAGCUGCUGAUUCAGAGUCAGAAAUUAAAGUUGAGAUUUCAGAUAAAGUUGUUGGACCUCCAUUGGCAGGAAUAGUUGAGAUGGAGAUUGAAGUGGUGCCGCCUGAAAUACUUGAAUCUGAACUGCAGGUGGAAAAGGAGCCUGUUAGUCUCACAGAAUUAAAUAAAACAUCUCAUCCAGAGGGUACUGGGGCUGUUCAGGAGAUGGUGAAUGUGGGUGAUGAGUUAAUCCUCAUGGUUCCCAAAGAACAAGCCAUGGAGAUGGACAUAGAUAUCAACCAACGGCCAGAGAAGAUUGCAAAAAAUGGAACAGAAGCUCCUGCUGAACCCUGUGAAUAUCUUCUAAUAACUCAAGUGGCCACAUCUUCAAAGCCUCAAGAAAAAGCAGACACUGGUCCAAAGCAAGAAGAACUACCCACAAAUGACUCAGUAGAAAGGAGGUACUCACCUCUGGUUCCCGUGGAGAAAGCUGAGACUGAGGGGCAGGAGAUGGAAGUUGACUCUAGAGAUGACAGUGGAGUAGUUUCCACUCUGAGGAGUUUUAUCCCUCAGGUGGAUUUGUUCAGGCUGAGCACGGAUGUGGACCAUGAGGCUGAAACACAUCAGCAGUCAAAUGCCUCACAAACAGACAUUAUCAAAGCAGAUGUUGGACCAGACGUUGAGCUACAGGUGGAGGAUGUGGGUCAAAAGAUGGAGCAGGAUGAGGCGGCAGGUGAGAGUGCAGAGAUGUCUGCUGAGGAGAUGGAAUAUGAGAUCAUAUCUAAACAGGAGGCCAGAGAGCUGAUGGAUACAGAUGUUUGGCCUGAGCCUGGACAGAAGACAGGAGAGGAGGCAGAGGUUGAAGAGAGAAUGUUAGAUCUGUCUCCAGAAGAAGAUCUUUUUGAGGCUGAUUAUGACAUCAUUGAUGCUGAAGAGGAGAAUCAGGCUCGACUGGCUGCUGAGCUUCAAGGGAUGGACUGGUUCUGCCUCACCUGUGGGUGUCUCCUCUCAGAGGAAGAGUGUGCAUCAGGUGCUCUUUGGGAUCAUGAGGUGACAUCUGUGGACAGAGCCUAUGAAGACAUCAAGGAGAAGUUGGGUGACUGGAUCUCUGAGCUGCAGGGGAGAUCGGAAAACAUUGAGGACCUGGUGUCGGAGGUGGAGCUGGCCUACAAUUCUGUAGAGGACCAGUGUGUGGCCAGUGAGGAGGCCAUGCAGGUGCAGAAUGAGGAGAUGAUGGCGCUGGUGAUGGACCAGUACAACAACAUGUCUGUCAGUAUGGAGGAGGAAAAGAAGAUCAAACUAGAACAGCUCUACGACCAGAUCGUCUCCUUCCAGGGGAGCAUUGACGCUGCCAAGUCUACCCUGGAGACCACAGCCAGAGAGGCUGAGACUGAUGCACGUUCUCCUGAGGAUAUUCAUGCAAGGCUGAAGGCAGCUCUGGACUCAGCCAUGUCUCUGGAGCUGGGUCCCAGGGGGCUGCUGGUGUUUGAGGACUACGCCAAGGGCAAUGCUUCCAGCUCUCACAUCACACAUCGUAAAGGAAUCCCAGUGUCUCAGAAGCCGACAUUGCAACCUCAAGAGCCGGGCUCAGCAACCAGCACCAGUGUCACCGUUUACUGGAGAGUCAACCCUGGAGAUAUCAUAGACUGCUUCCAGGUGUACUGCAUGGAGGAUCCACAAGGGGCGGUGUCAGAGGAGUACCGUGUGACCGUGAAGGAGAGCUACUCUGUGCUGGAGGAGCUGGAGCCUGGCAAGACGUACAAAGUGUGGGUGAUGGCCGUCAACUACACCGGCUGCUCUCUGCCCAGCGAGAGACUCACUUUCAGAACGGCUCCACCAGUUCCUGUGAUUGACACAGAACGCUGCACUGUCAUGUGGGAUUCAGCCACGCUGAGGUGGAACUCAGCCACAGAAACUCCUGGACAGACGUACACUUUGGAGUACUGUCGUCAGUAUGACCUGGAGGGAGAGGGGCUCAGGUCCAUGUCAGACAUUAAAAGCUGUGAGCAGAAUGUUCUCCUGCAGCCCAAUGAGAAUUAUCUCUGCUAUAUCAAAGCUGUGAAUGAGGCCGGAGCCAGUGAACAGAGCGAAGCCGCUCUCAUUUCAACCAAAGGGACGAGGUUUCACCUGUUGAGGUCAUCAGCUCACCCUGCCCUGGAACUGUCAGCGGACUGCACCACGCUGAGCUACUCUCAGAGCUCACAAAACAAAACAGGCACCAGCUGCCCGUCCAUCCUGGGUGACUUGUUACCAGCACAAGGUCGUUACUACUGGGAGACAGUUGUCUCGGGAAGGCCAGCUUACAGAAUUGGAGUGGUCUACAGAACAGUCAGUAGGAACCGUCUACUGGGAGAGAACAACCUAUCGUGGUGUUUGCAGUGUGUCCCGACAUCCUCCAGUUGCAGGUUUCAGUUGCUCCAUAAUGAUGUCCAGUCCAGCGUGUUUGUAACCGAGAUGCCUGAGCGAGUGGGCACACUUCUGGAUUACCAGCUUGGCCGUCUGUCUUUCUACAGUGUCCAAAGCGGUCAGUUAUUAGGUAGCUUCAGCCACCGUUUCACCCAGCAAUGCCACCCCGCUCUGGGCCUGGAGACAGCCGGCAGCCUGCAGCUCAGUGCCGUGCAGGAGGUGCCAAAGUUUGCAGAGCACAGCUAGUUCUGCUGGUUGUGUGGUACACAGCAAAGUGUAUAGUUUAUGUCACUGUCCUCCUGAAAUAUUCCACACACUGUGAUGACAGAGACUUUUUGUAACUUUGAACAAAAUUAACCAAUUGCUUCAGAAAGCAAUUUACUGUUUCAAAAGGUCCAAAAAGCUAAAUCACUCAUUUUUUCAGUCAAUGAUACACUGUUUCGAAAUGUCUGAAUUACUAAUUAAAACAAUUGCUCCAGAAAAUGAUUCAAUAUUUCAUAAUGUCCAAAACAUAAAACUACCCGGUUGUUUCACUACUGUUUUGAUGUGUUUGAAACACACACACAAAAAAAUCAGUUUUUAAAUGCUCAAAAACCUGAAACAUUUCCCUCAGAAAAUGAUUGUUUGAAAAGGGUCAUAAUAGUAAAAAGUCCAAUUGUUUCACUAAAUGAUACUGUUUGAAACUUUAAAUAAUUACUUUGGCUCAAUUUGCACUAUGUUAAUAGGCUCAAAGCGUAAAUGAAAACUUAAAUGAUUGUUUGAAAUGGUUCAUUACAGUAAAGUUUCUAAUGGGUUUUCUAAGGGGCAGCACGGUGGAUUAGCAGUUAGCACUGCUGCCU